UGGCGGCCGCGGCGGCCGUUGAGUGAGAGGCUCAGAGGAGGGGGGCCUGGCUGGGGAGGGCGCUGCCCUCGCUCCUGUCCUCCCGGUCCGGUCUCGGUGGCUGCCGAGACCACUGCGACUCUUUCCGCGGCCCUCCGGACGGGGAUCGGCCUCCUCCCUCGGUGACUUAGCAAGAAAAGUAUUCUUGGAUGGAAAGGGCGUGGGAAGCAGGUCGCUCUCCGAUCGUGGGGAAAGGGCUCGGCCUUCCUCCUCUGCCCGGCUACCGAGGCGAACUCUGCAGUCCCCACCCCUCCGUGGCUUUCAGCUCGAGGCCUGGGCUCGGGCAUCCGCCUGGCCUCCCAGGUGUUCGGUCCCCAACCUGUCCUUAGGAUGAGGUUGAUGUGAGCAGGAUGGCCCGCCACCUCCCUGGCAUCCAGGUGGAAUGAACCAAACGUGUUGAUCUCCUUGUUAUUGGUUGGAUUCAUUUGUAAAAGAAUCAUUUUCUCCUGUGUGGAAGCCACUUCGUGGCAUAUUUAAUUAUAAAUCCAAGGAUUGGAAAACCUUUUGAUUUCCUGAAGGAGGGACAUACCACUCUAUCAGAUAAGCUUGACAUUUCAGCCAAAAUGGUGCUGUCCCAGAGACAACGAGAUGAACUAAAUCGAGCUAUAGCAGAUUAUCUUCGUUCCAAUGGCUAUGAAGAGGCAUAUUCAGUUUUUAAAAAGGAAGCUGAAUUAGAUAUGAAUGAAGAAUUAGAUAAGAAGUAUGCCGGUCUUUUGGAAAAAAAAUGGACAUCUGUUAUUAGAUUACAAAAGAAGGUUAUGGAAUUAGAAUCAAAGCUAAAUGAAGCAAAAGAAGAAUUUACGUCAGGUGGCCCACUUGGUCAAAAACGAGACCCAAAAGAAUGGAUUCCCCGUCCACCGGAAAAAUAUGCACUGAGUGGUCACAGGAGUCCAGUCACUCGAGUCAUUUUCCAUCCUGUGUUCAGUGUUAUGGUCUCUGCUUCAGAGGAUGCUACAAUUAAGGUGUGGGAUUAUGAGACUGGAGAUUUUGAACGAACUCUUAAGGGGCAUACAGACUCUGUACAAGACAUUUCCUUUGACCACAGUGGCAAGCUUCUGGCUUCCUGUUCUGCAGAUAUGACCAUUAAACUAUGGGAUUUUCAGGGCUUUGAGUGCAUCAGAACCAUGCAUGGCCAUGACCACAAUGUCUCCUCGGUAGCCAUCAUGCCCAAUGGAGAUCAUAUAGUAUCUGCCUCAAGGGAUAAAACUAUAAAAAUGUGGGAAGUACAAACUGGCUACUGCGUGAAGACAUUCACAGGACACAGAGAAUGGGUACGUAUGGUGCGGCCCAAUCAGGAUGGCACUCUGAUAGCCAGCUGUUCUAAUGACCAAACUGUUCGCGUAUGGGUCGUAGCAACAAAGGAAUGUAAGGCUGAGCUUCGAGAACAUGAGCAUGUGGUAGAAUGCAUUUCCUGGGCUCCAGAAAGCUCGUAUUCUUCCAUCUCUGAAGCAACAGGAUCUGAGACAAAAAAAAGCGGCAAGCCUGGGCCGUUCUUGCUGUCUGGAUCUAGAGACAAAACUAUUAAGAUGUGGGACGUCAGUACUGGCAUGUGCCUUAUGACUCUUGUGGGUCAUGAUAACUGGGUACGUGGAGUUCUGUUCCAUUCUGGGGGGAAGUUUAUUUUGAGUUGUGCUGAUGACAAGACUCUACGUGUAUGGGAUUACAAGAACAAGCGAUGCAUGAAGACUCUUAAUGCGCAUGAACACUUUGUUACCUCCUUGGAUUUCCACAAGACAGCCCCUUACGUGGUUACUGGCAGUGUAGAUCAAACAGUGAAGGUGUGGGAGUGCCGUUGAGUGAGUCUCAUUCGGCCCCUACUUCUUUUUCCUCUGGAUGCACUCUGAUGAUACCAUGAUUACCCCAUUGAGCUCUGUUUAAAUAAAUAUUGUCCUUUCAUGUAAAUUAUUCUGGAUGUAGAUUGAGCUUAUUAAAUGUUACACACAAAGUAUUCAUGCAUGGUGAAUCCAAAUUGUAUACUGUAAAUUUACAUACGUUGUCUAGAAGUACCAUAGGGUUUAAAAACCUGGGCUGGCAUUGGUCACACCAGGCCUACAAGGGCAGAAGUUGAAUAAAUUGAACUAGGGCACUAAACUGAAUAGCUGACGGUGUCACUUUAUGUUGGAUCAUUAAUUCCUGUUUUUCUUUCUGCUAUCUGUUGGUGCCUGACUUGAUGGCCUCAUUCCUGGGAAAGUGGUUGGUUAUUAGGGCUUUUUCUGAAAUGUGUAUCUAUGUAACAUCACUUAAGUGUGCUUAAUAAAUCUUUAAGGAUGUUAGACAAUAAGGCUACAAUUCAGAAUUUUCUGAACCAUCUAUGUUAUGGGGACUACACCUUGGAAUUUUGUCAUGACCCAUUUGCCAAAUCAAUAGGACAUGUUUGUUUUGGCAGCCUGUCAAGCAAAGGCUAGUGGUAUAUUUAUGUAAGAAAAUGAUUGUAAAUCUCAGCAGCUAAUAGCAAAUCAUUUCUUUCAUUUGGGUCUUAAUGCUUUGUAAACAGGUUGAAAACACUGUCCUACUCUAAGCUUCUGUUUUCCACACUAGACAUACUUCUAGUUGUAUUCUCCAUACUAUUAGACUGUAUAGUGAUGUGACUUCCACGUAGAAUUUAAUCUUCCCAAUUGAGUGUCAUGGUACAAAUCACUAUUUUUAAUGUUUUUUAGGGAUGUGCAAUGUGCAUUACAUAAUGACAGAAAUACUGAAAAGUUUGUUUGCCCACUUUAAAGGAGUGCAAGAAAUAGAGAAGUUUUGUUUUUCAACAUCAAUCUGAUAAAAAUUUGAACUGUUUCAUAUACAAGUUUUAAAAAUGACAGGGUUUAAUGGAGCGUGCAUAAAAAUGUACUGUUUUCACCUUUUGUUUAUAUGUAAAUGUUUAUAAGUAUAUGGGCCUAUCUAUAAAUGGAUAACUGUAUAUGGCACACAUACAACCUCCAUAUCUGUGGGUGUUAGGUUUUGAAGAAGUGCUAAAACGUACAAGUAGAAUAAAUGUUGCUGUGGAACACCACAACCAUGCUUUAGAACAAACCCUUUUUGAUCCUAAUGCUUCUGAAAACUAUGUCUGACUGUGGGGAUUUUUCCCAGCUAAAGGAAAACCACUUCCUUUGUCCCCCUACCCUUCCAGUGUGACCAUUUAGCAUUUUACACAUCCCUGAUAUAUUGUAUAUUUUGAUCCAAAGUUACUAAAAGUAGGUUUAAGAGAAUUUUUAUCCAUGCCUUUUGGAACUCUAUUCAGUUGUUGGGUGUUAAUAAUAAAGAAUCCCAUUGCUUAACUAAUGAAUAAAUUUUUUGUUUGUUUUUAAAAGAAAAUCAUUUAAAAAGUUAAAACAAUGAAGUAACGAUGACAAUUUAACAAUUUUUUUCUGAAUUACAUUUUACUCAUUUAUGUGUAAUACAUGAUUUUUUAAAAUGUCCUGUUUAGUGUGUAAUGGAAAUUUGGUUUCUGAAAAAGACAAAGGGUGCGAGUUAAUGUCCUGUAGAUAGACACACAGAGAAUAGGCCAUAUAUUAACUAGAAGCUGCUUAAUGUCUAGCUGGUAUCUUUUUAUUUCUUUGCUUGUUUUUAAAAUUCCUGAGAGAUGUCUCUUGAAAGAAUUGUUUUGAGAACUAACGGCUAUUUUUGAGGACUAAAAUUACAUCUUAAGCUAAUUUCUUAAAUAUAGUAGGUUAAUUUUCAGGACAGUAUUGCCUCACAGCCCUGCUUAUAUCGAGAAGUCUUUUACCCCCUAGCUGUUCUGACUGGGUUUUUCUACAGAAGUUACGGAAAACAUCUUUGUUGUUGUUUGCUGCUAUUUCCUUUCCUAUUUUAAGAAAUACAAACACACAGAAAUGGUGCAUCUUAACAUUUGUUUGUACAUGUAUAAAUGUCUUAUUUUAAUUCAUUUUUAGCAUGUAGCAACAUGAAGUGUUUAAGGGUAAGCCACAACAUCUAGAAAUCACUCAGAUAUAAACAAUUAAGGAAAAAUGGUACUGGUGUAGAGGAAACCAAGGUGCUGUUCGCUGGGUUUGUUCCCCUGCAGCACACAGUGAUAGUCCUCAAAGGAGGAGAAACAGUUACUCUAUAAACAAAGUUACCUUUACUUGAGAGGUUGCCACGCCUGCUGCUGCUUAGUUACCAGACAUCCUCCACUUAAGCAGCGGAACAUUGAAUCUCAGGGAUGGUCCACAACUGGAUCCAAAUGUGAUGAGCCCUGUUUGAAUAAUGAAGGGGGGUGGGGGAGAGCAGUCCAUCUAUAAUCUGGAAUCAGAUUUGCAGAGAUUUCUUGCACUGUUGUUUGACACUGCCCUGUUGAUGCCCUUGCUUACUCUGUGUAGUUUUCUGUCUGCUGUCUAACCCUGUGCCUUGCCUGGAAUAAGGACAAUGAUGAGGCUACUAGUUUCGAUUAUAAGUAGAGGUCUUACAUUAAUUGGUUUAAAGGUUCACUGCUGCUUUUUCUAAUUGGCCACUUAAUAAGAAAUAAAAAGGUGAUAGAAUUGCAUCCUCAGAUGAUUAUUGACUUUUUGUGUGAAAACAGACAUUCCAGUGCCACCCUAAUACUACAUACCCAAAAAAUCCUAGCUGCACUCUGGAGAGUGCCAGCCUCGGAAACUGGCAUAGACAUCACUUGGAGAAUAGUUGCUUUUGACAUGGCAUCUUGCACUUUAGGAGACUUCAGACUGUCCCAUUUUGUCUGUGUGGUGUGACCAAUGGUGUGCCCAGAGCACUACCCAAAAUCACUAGUGUUAGCAAGUUGUCCCGGGCUGUGGAGCGUGCACUGUAGUCCUUUGGAAGCUUUGGCUCUAGAUUCAUCAAGCCCAGUCUCCUGUCAGCGCCCUGCUCUCCUGUUUGCCUCUUUUUGUUUCUGUGUGAACUUCCAGGUAAUAUCACUCAUCAAAUAGUUCUUUUUCUUUAAUUUAAGGAAACCUAUUUAAAAAUAAAGGAUAUUUUGUAGACAGUGGUGGCUUGAUGAUCCUUAAGCCACUGAAGUUAAAAUUGAAGGAAAAGGCACUUGAAAUGGUUACUCUUUCUGUCCAGCUGUAUAUAAGUCCAAUGUGUUAAUUAAUCUAGGUGAUGCAAAGAAUCUCCUGAUAAAGAAGCGACAUGUACAAAAUUGGUGGGAAAAGGUUUUGGUUUUUUUUUCCCCCCAGUGGGGUGGGGUGGGGCAAGCUAGAUUUACAGGUCACAGCUGACCUGUACUGGCCUUUUGAUCUUUCCAGUAUAUCAUGUAAGUAGCUGCUUUCUUGUCCUGCCUAUCCUUCAGGCAUCCCUAGAGCUCACUCUGAAGAUGUUAGAAAUAAAAUCUUCGAGUUAGAAGUUGAUCCUGACACUGACAUGAAGGCAAGCAUUGAUUUCACAUGAAUGUUGCAGAGAUGGUAAUUGGAGAGGACAGUUCCCCCAGACUGUAAGAGUUAUCUGAAGAUAUUGACACAAUUUUAAAAAUCAGUAAAGGAAUGUAUAUAAUAUUGCUCUUGUGUUUUACAGUAAGAUUUGUUGCUCUCAGACUGUGUAAAACAAAAUUUAUUCAUGUUUUCUGCAUAUUAAAAAAUCCUAUUGUACCAAUUGGUAAACUAUUAAAUGCCUAUAAAACUA